AAGAAAGUUUGAAUAAAGUGGCUUGUCAUUCUUGGCUUGCGCAUAGGGGACGUCUAGGAAAACUCUCCCAGCCUAAGCGUAGGGAUCUCGCUCUAUAUAAGAGAGCCGGAGAGAAAGCCGGAUCCUCUCUCGCGUACUCGCUUCCAAGAUGACCAAGAAAAGAAGGAACAAUGGUCGCGCCAAAAAGGGCCGCGGCCAUGUGCAGCCUAUUCGCUGCACCAACUGUGCCAGAUGCGUGCCCAAGGACAAGGCCAUUAAGAAGUUCGUUAUUCGAAACAUAGUAGAAGCCGCAGCCGUCAGGGAUAUUUCCGAAGCAAGCGUUUUCGACGCCUAUGUGCUUCCCAAGCUGUAUGUGAAACUACAUUACUGCGUGAGUUGUGCCAUUCACAGCAAGGUAGUCAGGAACCGUUCUCGCGAAGCCCGGAAGGACCGAACACCUCCGCCCAGAUUUAGACCUGCAGGUGCUGCCCCACGACCUCCACCAAAGCCCAUGUAAGGAACUAAGUCCUUAAUGACUGAAGAAAUACUGUUCUUUGGAAAAGAAAAGCCUCAAUAAAAUGGAAAUUAUACUUUA